AUGGCGGACACCAACAGGAAGGAACAACCCGACUACUCAGCUUGGAGUAACACUAGCCUGAUCGCGCGCAUUACAGAGUUAGAGCGCCAGCUUCACUCUCAGACGACGGAAUUCACAGCGCCAACCGAAGAGCCGUCACAGACACCCUGCUCUUCUGCUGCGCCAAUCUCUGCCGAUGUUCAGGAACUGGCGGUCCCUCUCGCUGAAUCAUUCAAUGCCUCUAAGAAGCGACCACACUCUCCUCCAGAUAGCGACACUACCCCGGUGCCCGCGCCGCCGAAGCGGUUCAUCAAAGUCCCGAAACCUCCAAAAGUCGACCGCAGUUUUGACCCCUCUAAAUAUACAACGCGGUUCAUUGCGCUAAAGUUCGCAUACUUGGGCCAAGAAUAUAAUGGACUGGAACAUACAAAUGGCAAUACCACGCCCCUGCCUACCGUUGAAGAGAUUCUGUGGAAGGCGUUGAAGCGUACGCGGCUCAUCUCCCCCGAGACCACUUCUGAUCUCGAGCCGCCCGAGAGAGCGGCGCGCGUCCCCAUGCGCCCGUACCACCUUUACUGGGAUGGAUGCGACUACUCUAAAGCAGGUCGUACGGAUAAGGGUGUGAGCGCCUUUGGGCAGGUUAUUGGACUGCGGGUCCGCAGUCAACGGCCUAUGCCCAAGACCCCCACCGAGAGCGAGGAUGCGAUGAACGUUGACUCGGGAUCUACCGAAAAAGAGUGGGAUGAUGUAGCCGAUGAGAUGAACUAUAUCAAUGUUCUAAACAGGGUGCUUCCGGAAGACAUCAGAGUUUUGGCGUGGUGCCCUAACCCGCCUCCUGGUUUCGAUGCCCGCUUCUCCUGCCGUGAACGCCGGUACAAAUACUUCUUCACCAACCCGGCGUUCUCUCCGACUCCUGGGCCCAUUGGAUUCCAGAACCGUGCAAACAAUGGCAAUGGACCGCGUGCUGAAUUCCGAGAAGGCUGGCUCGAUAUCGAGGCUAUGCGCGAGGCAGCUAAGCAUUUCGAGGGUCUGCAUGAUUUCCGGAAUUUCUGCAAGUUGGACACCAAUAAGCAGAUUGAUAAUUUUGAACGCAUUAUCCAUCACUCUAGCAUUGAAGCCGUCAAUCCCAAGGUCAGCCCAGUGGGCUACAUUGGCCAACCUGGGUUCCAGGCCAAAGAAGGUUGUGUACCCGAUUCGGAUGUAUCGACGCCCAGUACGGUUUCUCAAAACAUCCCCCAGGUCUACUCGUUCAACCUUCAUGGGUCUGCCUUCUUGUGGCACCAGGUGCGACACAUGGUUGCAAUCCUGUUCCUAGUUGGACAGGGACUCGAAUCCCCAUCUAUCGUCCCUGAACUGCUGGACGUUGCUAAGAACCCGCGAAAGCCAACCUAUGCGAUGGCUGAUGAUGCUCCCCUGGUCCUUUGGGACUGUAUUUUCCCCGACCCGAAGUCUGGUAGUCGCGCAGAUUCCUUGAAUUGGAUUUAUGCUGGUGACAACCCUCCAAACUGCAAGGGGAGCGCCAAGGGUGACAGCAAAUUCGGGAUGCGGGGCACUGUUGAACGAAUGUGGACCGUCUGGAGAAAGCGCAAGAUAGAUGAGAUUCUAGCGGGUGCUCUGCUGGACUUGACUGCCAGUCAGGGUAACCAGGACGUGGAAGACAUUGACAACCAAUGGCUGAACGCGGGUUAUUCCAAGAGAUCAAACAGAGGUGCCAAGAUCUGGUAUGGUGGAAACGAUACUGUUGUUGGUGGAAAGUAUACCCGUGUCGACGAAAAGAGCAAGAUGGAGACCGUGGAGGUUCAGAACGCCAAAGGACUCGUCAUAAAGCAGCGCAGACUAGCAAAGGGCGAGGCUGCAAAGGCGGCCCUCCAGGAAUGA